UAGUUCAGGCUAACGGUGGUUUGUUAUGCUAGCGUUAAACAAGGCGAUGUUGCGAUUUCAGUGUCCAGUUUAGCAUUAGGCAGUCAUAAGUCAGUGUUAUCUACCUUGCGUCAUUGUCUAUAUUACUUAGCUGUAACUUUGCUCCGUGCUUUUUAGUAAGCUGUCAAGGACUGCAGACUAUUGUAGCGUUAUAGUAUUGAGUUGAGCUAACUUGGCUAACGGUAAUUUCCAUCACAUGCAGUAAGCUAACGUUAGCCGCCGAGGCCGACCCUCAAACUUUACCUUAACGCCACCGUUAUGUAAACGCUGGACCUGGAUUUCAGACUAAUUUGUCUCGGAUAAGCCUAACGUUAGAUUAGGUCAUCAUUAAAUUACUUUCUCAGUGUUGUCAUGAGUCAACCUUAUAGUUACUGAGUCAAUCAGCUGAUCUGUAGCCGCUAUGGUUAAAGUUGGCGCUAACUUAGCUACUAGUUAACUGUUUUCUGGUGCAAUGAGUUAACCCACAUUGGUUAAUCUUAAGCACAUUUGUUAUUAAUGAGCCAGUGUCACACUUAAAUAUUAGUGCAGUUCAAAAUGCAUGGUCUCUCUUAAAUUGCACCGACAAGUUAACGGUAGUUAGUUAACAUUCAAGCUAACAGUGUUUCUCCUUUUUUUCUUUUGGUAACUGAAAGUUUCUGGUGUAAUUUAACUUGUAAGUUACUUCUCAAGCAAUUUCAAUUUAAUUUGGGGGUUUUUCAUUUUAUAAUGUUGUCAAAUUGGACCUCUACCUGUAACUACUGUAUAUUUACCUGCUAUUUUAAAGUGUGAUUAUUUUUAGUUAUGUUUGAGUGAAUCAGUGCAGGAGAGGGACUAUGUGAGAGAUAAUUCAGUUUGAUCUUGGCAUAACUGUCAUUUCAGUAUUCUGCUUGAACUAGUAUGGAUGUUGAUGACUGCAAUGGCCGGUCUUACAUAUCAGCUAGUGGAGACUCUUCAAUGGAAAGAGAGUUUUCAGGGGCCCUUGGUGGUCCAACAGUGAGCACUCCAAACAGCAAAGAGACCUCUCCUAGCCGCUCCCUCAGUGCCAACUCUAUUAAAGUGGAGUUGUACAGUGAUGAAGACCCAGGUCGUAGUACUGAAGAUGAAAGAGGGGAGCGGGUAGAGGACGGUGGUCCAGAACAGGGAUCUGAGGCUGUCGGAGGCUACAGGGAGCUCGCCAAUCCUGAAACCAAUCCAACUGGAGCCACCCGGCUGCCAAAUGGAAAGCUCAAGUGUGACGUCUGUGGAAUGAUCUGCAUUGGGCCUAAUGUUCUCAUGGUGCACAAACGCAGCCAUACAGGUGAGCGACCAUUCCAGUGUAAUCAGUGUGGCGCCUCCUUCACUCAAAAAGGUAACCUGCUCCGCCACAUCAAGCUGCACUCAGGGGAAAAGCCCUUUAAAUGUCCCUUCUGCAGCUAUGCCUGUCGGAGACGAGAUGCACUUACUGGCCACCUUCGCACUCAUGCAGUGUCCUCUCCGACUGUUGGGAAGCCGUAUAAGUGCAGUUAUUGUGGCCGUAGUUACAAACAGCAGAGCACACUGGAGGAGCACCGCGAGCGUUGCCACAGCUACUUACAAAGUCUGGAGUCACAGCAGCCAUCCAGUGCACAGAAUCCAGGCGAGGAGAUGAGAGAGCUAGAGUUUAUACCAGACUCUCUGCUGCAGCCCUCCUCAGACAAGAUGGCAUUUAUCGAUCGGCUUGCCAACAGCAUCACCAAACGCAAGAGAUCCACACCACAAAAAUUUGUAGGACAGAAGCACAUACGCCUCAACCUUGGAGAUGCACCUUAUGAGCUCAGUGCUGGUUUGGAUAAAGACGGGGAGAUGCACGCAGGGGACCUUGAGGCCCCGCACUUUACUGGUCUGGGAGGAGAAUACACAGGCAUAGCAGGUAACGGAGGAGGGGUAUCAGACACACUGAGGCCUCUACACCUUCCCACCACUCACCCUUCAUGUCUGUCAGAACUCAGGCCGAUCCACAGCUCCUCCCACACCCCUGUCGCUCUAGGCCCGAGGCUGGAUUGUACAGGGACAGGAACUGGGUUGGGAGCUUCAGGUGUUGGGGGAAGGGAGGCAGCAGAGGGUCAUGAAGAUCUGCCUGUCGGUCGCAGUCACGUGCCCUCACCUAGCAAUGGUUGCCAGGACUCUACAGACACAGAGAGCAUGCCAGAUGAGCCAUGCAACAGUACUGCUCUGACUCCAACCCUGCACAGUAACAAUGGCCAUCAUCUCCUCCACUCCAACAAUCACAACCCAGUGCCUCCUCCCAUUGCACAUCACAGGAGUCGGGACAGACACAGCCCCAGCCACGCCAAAGAAAGGGAGGUGGAAAGAGAGGAUGGAGGCCACUCGGUCCCCCCACCUCCGGCCCUCGCUCCAACUCCCAGCUCACCUACAGCACCCUCCUCCACUUCCAGGGAGGCUUUUCGAGUUGUAGAUGGGGAGGGGCGGGCUGUGCGCUCUUUCCGUUGCGAGCACUGCCGUGUGCUUUUCUUGGACCAUGUCAUGUUUACCAUCCAUAUGGGCUGCCACGGUUUUCGCCAGCCUUUUGAGUGUAACAUCUGUGGCCACCGCAGCCAGGACCGCUAUGAAUUUUCUUCACACAUCGUCCGUGGAGAGCACAUCCUCGACUGAGAAUAAGGGGUGGACAACCUACUUCACCUAGAGCUGUUUUUUUACACUGAGACAAGGACCUGGUUGGGUUUGGUCUGCACACAAGCUAAAGGGGGCACUGAUGAUACUUCAAGGAGGUACUGGUACAGUAAGUAUGUACCAGCAUUAAUGGAAACUUCAUGUGUAUGCUUCUAAAAUUAUAAUGGUGAUCCUUAUUAUUUAUAAUGCACUUUGAACAACAAAUCCACUUAAAAUGCACUUUUAAUUCAAUGUAUUCUAAAGUAGAUGAAGAGCCAAUUCACUUUCUCAUCCACAGAUGUGCCUUGCUCCAAAUUUCAGGAAUCACACCUGCUGCACAAGUUAUAGUAGACAAAUCUGACUUCUGUCCAUGACAUGAAAACUUUCCCCUCUUGUGCACUUUAACAGAACUAACAGAAAAAAUAAUGUGAAAUUGAGAGGCUUGCCUAAAUGGAAUCUGUAGAGUUAUUUUUGCCUUGUUCUAAAAGCACUUUUUCAGUUAAAUGAUCCCCUAACAAGCAUUACAUUUUGCUGAGUUUUUUUUCAUACUUGGGGCUGACUGUGUACAAUGGAUUGCUUUUUAAAAUGUGACGUGAAGUGCAGACCAAACUCAAAAACCAGGUCCAAGUUGAAUACAUUUGUUUGAGGAGUUGUCCGUGAGUUAGAAAUGCACUUUUGUUCUUGAUGGGGUUUUAGUUAACAGAUCUGUGUGUGUGUGUGUGUGUGUGUGUGUGUGUGUGUGUGUGUGUGUGUGUGUGUGUGUGUGUGUGUGUGUGUGUGUGUGUGUGAGAGAGAGAGAGAAAGUGAGCGACCCUGUGUUUGUUUGAAAGUAAAUUGAAUAAGUAAGUGAAAAAUGAAGGCCUUUUUUGUGUGAAUGCUGAGUGGGGCUGUGUAUGAAAUGUUUGUUUUUCUUUUCUAUGACUGCUUUUGUUGCACUGAUACCUGCCAGAAUACUAUGAUUAUAUUAAACUAUUUUGUAGAAUACAUUAAUGACCUGCACAUUUCUCUCAUAUGUGAGGAAAAACUGACGGAUUGUUUUUCUCACUAGGAAAGGAGUACGAGUAUCACUGCCACAAUUUUAGAGAUUACCGCAGAGGUUAGGGUCUUUACAAGUCCUCAGCAUUUUCCCUCUCAUCAGUCCAUCAAACUGCAAACCAACACUAAUCUUUUUAUGCUAUAUUUAAACAUGACUUUGGUGUAUCUCAUUGUAUUGUGCCUUUCUUCACCCUGAUCACACCUUGUUGACCAGACUGAGGGACAUGAGCCACCACGUCACGUCCUGAAACCGAUCAUUGUGGGUGAUGUUAGAGAUUCUGAGUUAUAAAACAGUUUAAUCACUCGAGUUUUUUUUUUUUCCCAGACACUGUACAGUCUCUGGCUUAUGGCUUUGCACAAUAUCUAUUUAUCUUAUUCAGAUAUGGUUGAUUUUUUCUUAAAGUGUUGGCAAAGAAUCAAUUCUGCUAAUUUAUCAAAGACUAAAUGUGCAUGGCAUUUGGCACACGCUGCUAUGACAUGAAUGAGUGCAGUGUACAGUGGCAGUUUACUACCGUCCUCACAGGUUAAACCCAAAAAAGAUGUUUUAUUCGCUUUUUCUUUGAACACAUUUCAGUCCACAGAGUCACCAGGCACCGGUGUGACAGUAGAGUGAAACAGGUGUUCAGUUUUGUCAGUUGUGAUUUAUAAUAAAUUAUCCUGUCUUGGUAAAAUUGUGCAAAAAUGAAAUAUAUGUCAAGAGAAAUGUGUCAGUUCAAAGAACACUGUCAGCUCGUGAUUCUGGCUGUUUACAUGUUAGAACAACACAGAGAGUUGUUUAAGCCACUUUUUGUUUAUAUUUCACUUCACACACUUAAAGCACAGUAAGUCGCACUGUCCAGCAGGCUUACUUGUUAAGUCUAGAUUAUGGAAAUUAGGCACAAAAAUUAAUACCAGUUUGUGUUGAUAGACCGGAAGAG